AUGGCCCCGUGGCCCGCACCUCCUCCGCCUCCGCCUCCGCCUCCACCUCUCGCCGCGCCGCCGCCGCCGCCCGGCGCCUCCGCUAAGGGGCCGCCGGCGCGCAAGCUGCUUUUCAUGUGCACCUUGUCCCUGUCUGUCACCUACCUGUGCUACAGCCUCCUGGGCGGCUCGGGCUCCCUGCAGUUCCCCCUGGCGCUGCAGGAGCCGCCGGGCGCCGCCGAGCCCCCGCCGAGCCCGCCGCCACCCUCGCUGCCGCCCUCCCCCGUGCGCCUCGGCGCCCCCUCGCAGCCGCCCGCGCCGCCGCCGCCGGACAACGCGAGCCGCGGGGAGCCGCCCGGGCCCCCCGAGCAGCCCGCCGGCCCCGGGGCGGACGGCUGGGGUCUGGCGAGCGGCGGCGGCGCCCGGGACGCCUGGCUCCGGACCCCGCUGGCCCCCAGCGAGAUGGUCACGGCGCAGAGCGCGCUGCUGGAGAGGGACGCGCAGGAGUCCAGCACCACCGACGAGGAGCUCGCAGGCCGGCGAGCGGCCAACGGGAGCAGCGAGAGGGGCGGCGCCGCCGGCACCCCGGACUACGGGGAGAAGAAGCUGCCGCAAGCCCUCAUCAUCGGGGUCAAGAAAGGGGGGACGCGCGCGCUGCUCGAGGCGAUCCGAGUGCACCCGGACGUGCGGGCGGUGGGCGUGGAGCCGCACUUCUUCGACAGGAACUACGACAAGGGGCUCGAGUGGUACAGAAAUGUGAUGCCCAAGACAUUGGAUGGGCAGAUAACCAUGGAGAAGACGCCUAGUUACUUUGUCACAAAUGAGGCUCCUAAGCGCAUUCACUCCAUGGCCAAGGACAUCAAACUGAUCGUGGUGGUGAGAAACCCCGUGACCAGGGCCAUCUCUGACUACACCCAGACCCUGUCCAAGAAGCCCGAGAUUCCCACCUUCGAGGUGCUGGCCUUCAAAAACCGGACCCUAGGGCUCAUCGAUGCCUCCUGGAGUGCCAUUCGAAUAGGCAUCUACGCUCUGCACUUGGAGAACUGGCUCCAGUAUUUCCCUCUCUCUCAGAUCCUCUUCGUCAGUGGCGAGCGACUCAUAGUGGACCCUGCCGGGGAAAUGGCCAAAGUCCAGGACUUCCUAGGCCUCAAGCGCGUGGUGACUGAGAAACAUUUCUAUUUCAACAAGACCAAGGGGUUCCCUUGCCUCAAGAAGCCGGAAGACAGCAGCGCCCCGAGGUGCUUAGGCAAGAGCAAGGGCCGGACUCAUCCCCGCAUUGACCCGGAUGUCAUCCACAGACUGCGGAAAUUCUACAAACCCUUCAACAUGAUGUUUUACCAAAUGACUGGUCAGGACUUCCAGUGGGAACAGGAAGAGGGUGACAAAUGA